UUUACGUCGCAGAAGUGAGUGUACACGAGCGAAGAAGGUGAACUGCGUACGGGGUAAACGUGCACGAUUUUAACCCCCUGAUCUGAACUGCCACUUGGAUUUUGACCCAGAUCAGUGAUAUGUAGUCACCUCUUCACCACAGACUCAUUUUCAGACCAACUAUCGAAGAAGCACUGAACGUGGAUCGAUCAGCGGGGGUUUGUUGUUGGAGGCGAAGCCGCGCUGAGACGUUUUGAGGUCGUUUAAAGUGGCUAGUAGCGACCGCUGGUCUCACACCCACCCGCAUGAGCUCCACACGGACACGGACUUUGACACUGCUGCCCAGCCCGGUGGAUACCGGAGAGCAUGAGCCGAGAUGAGCCAGAGAGACACACUGGUGCAUCUGUUCGCUGGAGGAUGUGGAGGCACGGUGGGUGCGAUCCUGACGUGUCCGUUAGAGGUGGUGAAGACGAGGCUUCAGUCUUCCUCAGUAACGCUCUGCAUCUCUGAGGUGCAUCUGAGCACAGUUAAUGGAGCCAGCGUGGCACGUGUGGCCCCUCCAGGGCCCGUUCACUGCCUCAGAUUAAUUCUUGAGAAGGAAGGGCCUCGUUCUUUAUUCCGGGGCCUGGGACCCAAUCUAAUCGGAGUGGCUCCUUCACGGGCCAUCUACUUCGCAGCCUAUUCCAGUGCAAAGGAGAGACUGAACUGUGUGUUUGAGCCAGACUCCACGCAGGUGCACAUGACAUCUGCUGGGAUCGCAGGGUUCACGGCAAUAACAGCAACCAACCCAAUUUGGUUGAUUAAGACACGUCUACAACUGGAUGCCAGGAACCGCGGGGAGCGUCGUAUGAACGCGUUUGAAUGUGUGCGGCGCGUGUAUCAGACGGAUGGUCUACGUGGGUUUUACCGUGGCAUGUCUGCAUCCUACGCGGGCAUCUCAGAGACUGUGAUCCACUUUGUGAUCUAUGAAAGCAUCAAACGCCGUCUUUUAGAGGCCAAAGCAGCAACGCACAUGGAUGAGCAUGAGGACACAGCCAAGGACGCGUCUGACUUUGUGGGCAUGAUGCUGGCAGCCGCAACCUCCAAGACCUGCGCCACAUCGAUAGCCUAUCCACACGAGGUCAUCCGUACACGGCUCAGGGAAGAAGGUAACAAGUACCGCGCGUUCUUCCAGAGUCUCAACCUAGUGAUCAGAGAGGAAAGCUAUCGAGCUCUUUACCGAGGACUCACCACACACCUGGUCAGACAGAUCCCCAACACUGCCAUCAUGAUGUGCACCUACGAGUUCGUCGUCUACCUGCUUGAUGGCUAACCUUUGACCCGAGGUGCCUCAGUACUCAUGGACAAAAAGUUAUGUGGUUUUAUUCACCUUGUCAAAUGGUGCGUGUUCUGGGAGGAAGGAGAAACAGGGUAACGACUAAAAAGUUGGUGUCUAGAAAGAAGCUUUUCCUUCCCUUUCGCUCUUUUAUUGUUGUUUAAAAUGAUGCUGCUUCUAAAAAGCCUUGACAUACCUGACUAAAGAUUGCAGUCAAAUGGAGUGUGUUACAUUAACAUCAGCACCAGUUCACCUUUGACCCCUAAGAGUUUGGCUUUCCAUCUCAAGCACUUCACGUCAAAUUGAUCUUGAAUCUGGUUUCAGCAGUUUAGUUCUGUCGGAGAAGCUGUUGUGUUGGCAGGUCAUUGAGGGUUUUGUCUGCCCCAUUUCUGGACUAUGAAGGGGAUUUUCUCAAGUUCUGAGCUAGAAAGGAAUUGAAGGGGAUCCAAACAGAGGCUCACUUCCUGUCUGGAAACGGCCAAUCAGGUUGCCCUUACACCAUGCAGUGCAAAAGCAGGAAGAUCCUACAUAGAUUCACAUACCUGACACUGUGCGCACACAUGUAAAAAAAUAAAUAAAAAUGUUUAAGACAGUGUUUUGUUGUUUUGACAUUGUACAGGUGUGUGUGUGCUAGUCUCAAGAGUGUCAUAUUUGUGCAUUUUUACAUGUUAUUGUGUGUUUGCCGCCCAUGUUUGACCUUAACACAUGAAUGUAACAAUCAAUGCAGCCAAAGUAGGUUGUUCACACAAAAAAAUAUUUAAUAAAUAUAUGUUCUGUUCUCAGCAGAAAAAUUACUAAUGAAAGGAAUAAUCAUUUAAAUUUGUAAAAAGAAUUAAGUAUUAUGCAAAAAAAGCCACUGCACUGUAACACAAAAUAAGUUUAUUUUUCUUGGUGGACAUGUUGUGCCCCCCAUCCCAAACACACACAGAGAGCACAAAAAAAAAAAUCAGAGAGCGUGGCUGCUCUGCUAAAUGCCAUAGAAAAAUUUCUCAUGCUGCAAAAAAAAAAACAGGAAAACAAGACAAAAAUACUGUUAAAGAAAAUGUUUUUUGCAGUGUGGACCAAGAAAAACAUGUUAUUAAAAUAUAUAAUAUAGUCAAGCUGUCAAAACGCAGCAAAACGUUUUCUCUUUAUGAUGCAGUUUUGUAUCUGGUUCUCACUCUUUUAUGCCUGACAUGACUCAACCCCCCCUCCCAGUGUUUUGUUGUUGUUUACAGUCAAUUUGGAGUGAAAGGUGAAAUGACCUGCUCUGUUGUCACUGUUCAUUAUGACAUUAAUAUUCAGCAAUUGAUCUUAUGGAAAAAUAAAUGCAUAUGAGAAAACAAAGAA